AUGAAAACUAAUACUAGCAAACUCAGCUGCGCUGGUCAUUGCCGUCUCCUUGGAUGGGGACUCCGAGACGAGGCACAUCAGUGCUUAGACAUAGCGCCCUCAAUGCUGACGGAUUUCGUUCCAUGCCUCCGGUUGUUUGAUAUCUUGUUUCCUGAUGCCGAAGAUCCUGACCGUGCUGUGGAGUUACAAACUCUUGGCUGUGGAAAGCAAACCGAUCGACGCCAGCCUGAUGGCACAUCAGAUGCCGACGUGACUCUCAUUCCAGCGAAAGAUGAUAGUGAUAGCGACGCGUCUAGGCCUGGACGUGGGGGAGAUGAAGAGAACGUCACAACUAACACAAAAGAUACCGGAAUGGAGUGUGAUACCGAUUCCGGCGACGAGGUUUACUUGAGUAGUACAUCUGCCGAAGAAUCUGAUGACGCAAGCUCCCUUGCAAUCCUUCCUCCCACAAGGCAUCGCACAGCUGCCAGUCGUCGACGUCAUUGUCGUCUGAUGCAUCUGGCCACUUCCCCAGUUUGUCUGUGGCAGCAUGUAUUACGAAAAAGCCGCACUGGUCACGAUCAUCUACCGCGUGUUAUGCCUCCAGCGCUGAGACCUACUGAAGCCCGUAUUUCCUACCGAAUGCGAAUCCUCUUGGAUGUCAUCGUGAGCACAGACCCGACGAGAUCCAUUUCUCCGGUGUUAGCACAGUUGACCUGGCGGCAGUUGUUCAUCAUUCUCAAUGCGUACAGCACGGAUAACGAGGCCAGUCAACUGAUCCAACAUCUCGUGGAUAUGUUUUGGUUCAAUGGGGAGGAAGAUCCUGGUAACCCGUCCACAUUUUCCCGGCUGUGGCCAAAACUGGUCGAGAAUGGGUCCGUAAUUUUGCCCUACGGUUUGGUUGCACAUGGACGCCUACGACCUUUAUCACAUCACCUUAUUCGUACUAUGUCCAUUCAUCUACGGAUGCUUGUGUUGCAUCUACUUCUUCAAAAGUUCGCCAAUCUUCAGUAUUCCGACGAACUUACCACUCCAGCAGUUGUCGAGACCAUGUGUCGCAUCGUGGCCUGUCGUGAAGUUGAACCGAGCAAUACCGGCCGCAUUCUUAGCCUUUUGCCGAAGCUGCUGCCGGGUACUGCUGCGAACCAAGCGACCGACACAAGUGAACCAAAAACGGCAUCGUCGUCAUGUAACCUGUUGAGUACCCUUUUGGACACGCUUGGUUAUCGGCUUGUGGAUAAUUUUCUGCCGGAAGUGAAAGUCCAGACCAUAGUUACGCUUGUGAAUUUACUGCGUAUGUGGACUUCUUGGUCUGUAUCAGAAACGCCAAUCGAAGAUCAGUCUCAGAUAGGCAAAGAUGGUAAACCUCAAUCGUCCUCAAAGAAUGAUGCCACUGAAAUUCCGGUGGAGCUAUUUUACCUGUUGGAGUGGACAAUUGUCAAACUCGCCCGCUGUCUCCAGUCCCCUGACUGCGUAAUCUACGGUUUAUCAUCAGCCAUCUCUCCUGCUUCUUUGGCCCAGGCACAAGCUGCUGCUCAGGUGGCGGCUGCUGCUUCUACGACUACGACCCAAACAAGCGCCGCACCGAACCUGACGGUCUCCUGUGCCACUGGAGCCUUAACAGGUACCUUGGGAGUGCCCGGUUAUCCGGGUGCCGGGCGCGGUUUUCUUUCAGGUUGCAGACUUCCGGUGCCGCCCAACUGCAAUGCACCGCCACCCUGUGAAGUAUCACCAUCAGUAGGCAGUGCACUGUCCAACACCAUCUCUGGCUACCCUUUCCUGAUGACCGAAUAUGUCGAACUCAAUCGAUUCAUCAUUUUCAGUCUCCUUCAGAUCUACUACGCGUUCGAUCUGGACGAGUCAAGCGCAAUGAAGAAUUUCCUAGCCGAGCAAAUCCGUACCAUGUGCGAACGUUGCGGCCGGGCGAGUUUGACAGAUCUACCUCGUCUAAUAGCUAGUCGUUUGCCUGAAUUCCUUGUUCACCUACGACAACGGGCCAGUCCGAAUAUGUCAGGACCUGGUUGCGGAUUCCAAGCUGGAGAAUUGGUGGACAAGAGAACAAUUUUGUCGCAGCUACCUCAUUUGGUACUGGAGGAGUUCACACAAUUAUGUGACGGUGAAGCAACUUGGUCCCAAAUUGCUGCUCGUGGUAAUUUAUUCCUCUGCGUCUUAUUGCGCUAUGUCGCCGCCCACGGAAUGCUACCGAAGUCAGCCGUCAACGCUCUUUUGCUUUUUCAGUGUCUUCCGGCGUUGUGUGAAUUGUGUAUUGGUUUGCGGGUGGUACCUUUGGAUCGAUUCCUUCUUGUCCUGACCGCUCCUGUUCCUCAGGAUCCUGCAAGCCCCUCUGUGGUGUCCAUCCCAUUACAUCCGGAUCCGGUUUCUAGUAGAUACUGGCCAGAUACAAUCUUACGUCUACACCAGCUUAUUCCUGAUCAGUGGGUAACAGAGGUAUCAAGCGAUACUCCAGGAAUGUCAAAAACUACAUCAGAAACAGGAGAAGUGCGCAGCAAUCCAAAGUUACCUGUGCUUUAUGGGCAUAUGUUGCUACGGUUGCUCCCGAUCCUCGAGGCUGUUCUAGCUCAUUUUAUGGAAACCAAUCUUCCUCUAGUACAGCUCAUCCCGUUUUGUCAUGCUAUAUCUCCGUUGUUCCGUUUUCACCGGAGACCACUUAACAUGUGCUACGUUCUUCUCCGGGAACAUUGGCAUCUCACCCCUCCAGAGCUUGAAGCCUUCCUGGCACGGGACAUUCCAGACGCCAACUCGAUGAAUGACAAACGUGUGAUGUGGCUUGCGGAUCGUUUGCGCGUACAGAUAAUUAUCUAUCAUGUCCUAAAGGACCAUCAUCGGCUGAGCUGCAGCCGAACCACAAAAUCACACGAGAAAACCCCUGAGAAAGAAUGCACUUCUUUUACGUUGCUCAACCAGUCCUUAUGGUCAGAAGUCACGUCUGGUGUGGAUGCUUGUCUAAAAGCUUUCGACAUUGUGCGUAAUAAAUACCCGGAUGUUGAUGGUGAUCCUGCUGUUUUAUACUCCGCAGAGUCCGAUUUGCAAUCAAUUCUAGUCAGUUGGUAUCGCUCCCGAAGCUUUCUGUUCGACGUAUCUGCGAUGGAAUCACUAUUGGCCCCGAUCGUUCUAAGCACUCAAAAGCACGGUUUAUACGGUCAUCCCGCCGCAUGGCGCCCGUGGCACUUGGAGGAAAAUGUCAGCGUACAAGCUGCUGGUCUCUAUGCUGCUGCAGUUGGACUCAUGUCUUCUUUCACCUCCCCAUCGGAAUUUGUUACUUCGUUGGCCGAAUUUCUCUACCCUAAGAUAAACGCUAUGGACUUGGGCGAACAUUUGAACGUAAUUGGCUCCUUGGUCACAAUUCUUCCGAAUGCCUACCAUAGGGUUAUUUGUCAGUUUGCUAUAACUUUAUUCACGGACCCACUUUUGACGGACUCCACGUUGGCUGACGACUGGCCGGAAGUGAACACGAAUGAGGUGAAAAACUCAUCUCGCUGGCGUCUAUCCGUUCGUAAAAAAACCUAUCGGAAGCUAACAGAAAUGGAAACUGAAGAAAAUGACAUCACCUCGCACAUUCCUCCACGAGUAGCAGUAAAUUUCUUCGAAGAGAUACUCCCCGCACAAAAUUCCGUUAAGCAAAAUGGAACGGACUACAGUGAGUCACGGACUGAAAAUACAAACUUCUCUGUUGCGCGAGAGGCAUGCAUGCUGAAGGCCAACUUAUGGCAUGCUGUGUGGAGCCACACCAACACAACACAGCUCACCUCACUACCAAGCCUUUUUGCAGAGCGUAUCCUCCCACGCCUGAAAAACGAGGCACAGCUGCUUAUGUCUUUCUACUUGGUUUCUCCGCUGAUGGGCACCCUGUAUGCUGAACGUCACGCAGAACGCCACGCCAAACUGAUUGAUCUCACUGCGGAACUGUAUCGUGCAGUGCUUCAGGUAGAUAGUCACCUAGCUGCAAUACCUGACAGAUCAACGCACCAUCCUGGAGAGGAGGUCAAAACCAACACUGAAGCUGACGCAAGUCCUCCUAACAAUACUGGUGUACCAAUGGUUCAUGCAGACGCGAUUGCCGAUUUGAUGUACCACAUCAAGUAUAUGUACGUUGGCAAUGGUGUACUCGACCAGGUACGCCCUAUUUUGCCCAAUUUGAGGCCUUGUUUGAGAAAGCGUCUCAAAUUCAUUCUUCCUCCGUCUGAGUCGAUGGUUGCGCAACAGCAGCAGUCCUCAUCACAGCCUAGAAAUGGCGUUCCCGGUGAAACCAUUUAUGAAGGGCGGGUAUAUAAAGCGUCUGCAAAACCGCCUUUGAGUGGAGAGGAUUUCUGACUUAGGAAAAUGAAGAAUAUUCUCCGAUACGAGGAGUCUGUAUAUAGUUUUCUGGCAAUAUAACAUUUUCGUACCAUUUUUGUCCCUUGUCCAACUCUCGACUUUUUGGAAUUGGAUUCAUUCGUGAAAGAUCGAUGCGUUAUCUAUUGUUUCCAUUGACGAUUCGUUUUUGGCGUUUGGUUUCUAACCACAGUACAGUCCCUUUGGCCCAGUUCUCUCACGUGCUUUACGGCGCACGAACUACUACUUGGUUGUUGAGGCUUAGACGUCAGGGGUGGAUUCAAACCGGGGAACUCUUGUUUCAAUAACUCGUGCCUGGAUUCGAUACUGAUCUGGAUCCCACAGGGCGGAAAAAUUCGG